AUGAUUAGGUUCAAGUUGAAACCGUUGAAUGUUGAUAACAGGAAACGUUUUAGGUCAUUUUUGUCUUCAAAUGAAAUACGUGCACGAUUCAUUGAUUAUUUUGUGAAAGAGAAUGAUCACAAGUACAUUAAAUCUAGUCCAGUAGUACCAUACAAUGAUCCUACGAUAGCCUUUGUAAAUGCUGGCAUGUGUCAGUUUAAGAGUGUGUUACUCGGUCAAAGAACAUUAGCUGCCAAUUGUGUUGCCAAUAGUCAAAAGUGUAUAAGGGUUGGUGGCAAACACAAUGAUUUGGAUAUAGUUGGUUCUGAUGGUUACCAUCAUACAUUCUUUGAAAUGCUUGGAAACUGGUCUUUUGGACACUAUGGCAAGGCAGAAGCGUGUCAUCUGGCUUGGAAUUUAUUGACUUUGCCACCAUUUAACAUACCCCCUGAGCAAUUAUAUUGUACUGUAUUUAAUGGUGAUAGAACACUUGACGUAGAAGCUGAUAAUGAAACUCUUCAGAUAUGGAAACAUAUUGGUGUAAAUGAUGAUCAUAUUGUUAUGAAUGGAGCAAAUGAUAAUUUUUGGGAAAUGGGAGAAACAGGACCUUGUGGGCCUUGUACAGAAAUACACAUCGAUUAUCCUCCUUCUGGUGGGAAAAAUCUUAUUGAACUUUGGAACAUUGUUUUCAUACAAUAUUCUCGAGAAAAAAAUACUAUGCGCAAGUUACCAAAUUAUUUCAUAGAUACUGGAAUGGGAUUAGAACGCUUGACAAUGGUAUUGCAAGAUAAAACAUCUACUUACGAUACAGAUUUAUUUUCUUCUAUAUUCAACAUAAUAUUUAAUGCAUGCAGAAUAUCAAAGUACACAGGAUUAUAUGAUGGCACGAGUUUGGAUACUUACUAUCGAGUAUUAGCUGACCACGGGCGAAUGAUUACUGUAGCACUCUCGGAUAAUAUGUUACCCAGUCAAAAUCAUAAAUUGAGAAGACUUAUACGAAAGUCAUUUAUAUUGGCUGAAACAAAUUUCAAAAUUCAGCCCGGCUAUACUUUGAUGUGUGAUAUAGCUAAUGAAGUUUCAAAUAGUCUUGGUAAUGUGUAUCCAGAGCUGAUUAAAAACAAUGAAAAGGUCAAACAUUUAAUUAAACACGAAUACGCUAUAUUUAACAAACUAAGAAUGUCUGUUUCCAAAGAUUGGAAAAUGAUAGUUGAAGAAUGUCCAAUGUUAAAAAGUUUUAAUCCAUAUGAAGAAUGUACUGGAUUUGUGCCAGCUUGCAAUUACUUAAUUAAACACAAAAAUAUGAGCAAUAUACCAGCAUUUACAUUGUAUGAUGCAUUUGGACUUGAAAAGAAAACAAUUGGAAGGCUAGCUGAAGUUAUGGGAAAACCAGUGAGUUGGAAUGAACUUGAUGAAAAAUUAAAACAAUUACAAACAAAAACCAUUAAACAUACUGAAAGAAAAUCAAAUAAUUACAUGACAGGAAAUAUACCUAAAACUGAUGACAGUUUCAAGUAUGAAGUUAUUCGCAAUAAUAAUGAAUCAUAUUUAUCACCUGUAGUUAUUGCUAAGCUUCUAGCAAUUUUCGAUAUUAAUGGUAACAUUGUGACUGAACCUGAUAUUAAACAGCAAGGAGAUAUGGUUUCAUUAGUGUUGGAUAAAACGUCCUUCUAUUGUAAAGCUGGUGGACAACAAAAUGAUAUAGGUAUAGUUACAACCAACAAUGGAAUAGUGUUUGAUGUUAUUGGCGUAGACAAAAUAGAAGAAAAUGGUGUUGUGUUGCAUCAUAUUAAAUCAAGAAAUUGGCCCAUAUUAUUAAGUGAAAAGGAAUUACAUGUUCAAGUUGAUUCAAACAAUAGACUAGGUCUAAUGCGAGCUCACUCAUCAGUUCAUAUAUUAAAUUCUGUUUUAAACUCAUAUUUGGUUGUUACUACUCAAUUGUCAAGUUGUGUCAAAAAAGAUUUUAUGUCAUUCACAUUUGCGCUCUUUGGUCAAACGUUUUCACCAAAAGACGCCUUGGUGGUAGAAGAAAAAGUUAAAAGUGUAAUACAAUCUGCAGUAUCUGUUAAAAGAACAACAGUGACAUCUAAUGAUUUAAACCAAAUUAAUGUUACAUUACUUCCUGGUGAAGUGUAUCCAGACGAAGUUCAUUUAAUAGAUAUGUACAGUAAUGUAGAUGAUGCAUAUAUAUCAAGAGAAGCAUGUUGUGGUACACAUGUACAAAAUACUUUAGAUGUGAUUGAUUUUUGUAUAGUCCAAUAUAAAUGUAACAUUAAUGAAUGUACCAUAAUGGCAGUAACUGGGCCACUGUGUACAAAUGCGAGAGUUUUUGGUCAACAAUUAUUGGGAAAAUCAAAUUUUGUUGAAGAUUUGGCGAAUUCAACUAAUUUAAAUAAUAUUUCUCCAACAAAGGUUAGGUUAUUGAUGGAUAAUAUGAACCAAUUAAAAUCAGAACUGAAAAAUAUUUCUCAAAACUAUAUACCUUUGAAAGUUCAAAUUCAAAUAAAUAAGAAAAUCUUUGCUAUUGAAAGAAAAAUUCAGAAAUUAACAAAAGAAAAAAAGAUACAGAUAUUAGGUGAUGCGGUAAAAAUAUUAUGCAAAGAUAAUUAUGCUGUGGGUUAUGUAGACUGUGAUGUUGCCUACCUUAAUGACAAUUGUUAUGAUUUUGAAAAUGUCAUACAUAUUUGUGGUGAAAUACCUUGUUUAUUUUUAGCUUACAAUAAAGAGCACAUCCAUGUAUACUUACGCAUUCCAAAGGAACACCCAGAGGAUGUAGAUUGGUUAAACAAUUUUUGGAACAAAUUUGAUAUUAAACCAAUUAAAUUUAAAAACAAAAUCCAGUUCAAAGCUACUGAAUUUAAAGUUAAACAAGUAGAUAAAUAUAUGGCAUUAAAGCUUAUAGAUAAUGUGAUUCGAGAUGUAAAAAAAUACUAUUUUAGUAAUGUUAAAGGCUUUGAUGACUGA